AUGGAUGAGUCAUCCGCCCACGAUGUCAUUUCACGAUUGUCAACGUUUCAGAGCACUCUUCCGGAAGACUCUGAGAAUCCUAAUAAGAACAUUUUAUAUAAUCUCUGCACCUCCGCUGGCAGCCUCUUAGGUUAUCGGUAUCCUGGGACCUACGACGGUUCCGAGAUUGUAUAUGGCAACGCCUCCCGCCUGUGCGAUGCCAUCCUGGCAUUCUUGUACGCCGUGUUUAGUGACGUCCGUGAUAACCAGCCGUACGUCGCUGGUAGAGAUGUAUUGCAUGAUGUGAUUGUGGAGCUAAAAUCCCAACUGUGGCGUGGCCACAAGGGGUUGAGUCAAGUCAUCCCCAAGGUGGCCACUGGCCUGCGGGACUACAACGCCACUGUCAAGGCAUCGAACAAGAAAGUCAAGGAGCCGAUUGAGACCGUGUUGGGACACGUGAAACCGGAUGGUGAGUUGCGUAAAGGUAUACAAGCUUUGCAGAUAACGGAAACAUCUAAGUCAGCUGAAGAUGAGCAAACUGUGGAGUCCGCAGUCUUCCUGGUAGAGGGGUGCAAAGAGGUUGCCAGGGUAUUCUCUAAGAGCUUGACGGCGGCAAAAGACGCCAUAAAUGACUUGAACCCUAAGCUGAAAAAGAAGCUUGAGAACGCCAGGAGAAGCUUUUUCAAUCACGUCGACUGGCUGAGCAAGUGGUCCAAGAAGGGGGAGAAAAAGCGGUUGGACAAGAUGGUACAGAAAAUCAAGAGUAGGCUUAAACAGCUCGCAAAGGGCAUUAAAAUGAAGUUGGAAGGUAUCACUGCCGGUCUGGAGGAAUAUGUCAAGGAACUCGGGCAGUGGAUGGGUGAAGCAAAAGAGUAUAUUAAUGCAGUGAAAACGUAUGUUGAUGAGAUAAUGAAGCAGCUUGAUGGAGAGCAUAGAAAGGCGAUUGACCAGGCCGCCGCGGAGAUAGAUAGUGAGCUUGGCAAGAAAGUUGAGGAGUUGAAUGGAUGGAUUGAGAAAGCUGAGGCCGCCGUAAAUGUGGCUAAGAAGAAGGCGGAUGAGGUGCAUAAAAGGUUGGAUAAAGAUGAAAAUUCUGGGACGAAGAUUCGUCAAGGGUUUGAGAAGAUUAGUGAAGCUAAAGAUGCAGUUUCAGGAGUUAGCACACAACUGGAAACUGUUCACAAGGAUUUGGGAGAUUGGAAAACUGCGGCGCAGGGUGUGAUCAGCAAAGCUGCUGGGAAGGCCGGAGAGGUGAGUGGGCAGUUGGAUCCUUCACAAAAAGGUGAUGGCAAUCCAAUUGGCAAGAACCUUAAUCAAAUCGAUGCGUCGAAUGAAGAUAUUAAGAAAGCGAAUGAGAGCCUCCGAAAACAAACAGAAAAGUUGAAUAAAUGGAUCACCGAGGCCGAUCAUAUCCGUGAGCAGGCGCAGAAGAAAGCCCAGGAAGUUUACGAUAGCCUGAAAGUUCAUGACGAACUGAGCAAUAAAAUCAAAGAGAUUCAGACAGCAAAUCAGACAAUUAAGGAUGUUAACAGUGGGCUGGGUGAUGUUGACAGCAAAUUGGGGGAAUGGAAAAAGGAGGCUGAGAGAGUGCUUCAGGAUGUGGUCCAAAAAGCUGAGGAGGUAUAUGCGAAGUUGGAUCACGGAGAUGGACAGCAGCCGAUUACUCAAGGCAUCAAGCAGAUCAAAGCAGCAAAAGCAAACGUUGAAGCAGUUGAUAAGGGAUUAACAUCUGUAAACGACGAUUUGCGCAAAUGGAGAGAGGCGGCGCACACUGUGAUUGGCACUGUGGUUGAGAAGGCAAAGCACGUGCACGAGAAGUUGGAUCCUGCAAAAGACAAGUCUACGCUGGGCAGUCAAAUUGAUGCGAUCGAUACUGCUAGACAGGCCAUAGUUAAUGCAAACAAGGAGCUUGAAAGACAAGUGAAGAGCCUGAACACCUGGAUUAAUGAGGCGGAGAAAAUCCGCGCUGCCGCUGAGGCUAAGGCCAGGGAAGCGUACGAUAAGUUGCAAGUUCAUGAGAAACUGAGUGAGAAUAUCAAGAAGAUUGUGGAUGCUAAAAAUAAGAUAGACGAAGUUAGCAAGCAUGUUACCGGCCAGCUUGGGAGUCUGCAGCAGUGGAAUGAGAAGGCUAAGGGUGUGGUUGACGGGGCUAUAAAAAAGGCGCAGGAAGUUCAUGAUGAAUUGCAAAGUGCUGUCGUCCAGAAAGUUGAAGGAAUUGGUCAAGAUAGUAAUGCAAUUAAAGCUGCGAGUGAGAAUCUCGGAAAGGAAGUUGAGGAUUUGGGGAAGUGGAAAAAUGCCGUCAGUAAUGUCAUCGUCAAGGCAGACAAGAAGUGUGAUGAGAUACUCAAGAAAGUUAAAACAUCAAAUGACGGCACUAUUUUCACGCAAGCUAAAGAGUUACAAGACAAGGGCAAGCAACUUUUGACUGCCGCUACUGAGGCUAGGCAGACAGUUGAGUCUAAGGUCAAGGAGGCUUUGGACGCCGUGAAGGAUAUGGACGCAGAUCUCAAGAGGGAUUUGAAGGUGGUGAAGGAUAAUAUAAAAUUGGGGAUCGCUGAGGUGAUUGAGAGUUUGAAGGUUGGUGAUUUGGGUGAUAAGGUGAAAGAAGAUUUAGUAAAGUUGAGGGAGAGGAUUAUGAAGCUUGCUGAAAACGGUAGAGUGGAGAGCCUCGUUGAAAAGGAGUUGGCGGAGCUUAAUCAAAAAAAGAGUGAAACGCUCGAUCAUGCUAAACAAAAACUUACGGAAGCGGAAAAGCAACUACAAUCUAUGUUUGAGAGUGCGAUCAAGACUCCGCUUGACGAUAAGGUCAAGACAGUUGAAAAUGCGAUUGAAAAGCUCUGCGAGAAAAUUAAUCCGGACGGCGGCGACGCAUCACGGGAGGAUAAGAUGAAAUUCCAGACGAUUUUCGAUCAUAUUAAGAAGCAAGUAGGGGUUAUUAAGGGGACUGGUACGAAGAGUCACGAAAGUGGCAUUGAUGGCAUUGUCGCGAACGUAAGAGGUCUCUAUAACGCGUUUGUUGACAGCCGAGGUAGCGGGGUUGACGCAAGAGUAGAUGGGUGGCUUGGAAGUAUUUUGGGGAUCAAUGAGAAUCAACGAGGGACGCAGACUGAUGGGAUGAAGGCUAUAACGGCGUACAUUGAGAGGUAUAAAACCCGUGAAGACGCUUUAAAAGUUGUUAAAGAUCAAAUCAAGGAGAAGCUUGGCAGCCAAAUUAAGGCAGGUCAGGCAAAAAUAUCAUCACAAGAUGUAAAAGAUACAAUAGUAGAAAAUUUGAGAAAAGUCAAAGAGGCUUGCGAGGCAUUUGUCGAAGAGCUUGAUAAGAAGCUGAUGAAAGGGCAAAUUGAAAGUUUCGCUGACCCGAUAGUCAAUAAGAUUCCUGGUUUAUCGGGAGAGCGUACUCGGUCGAGUGGUAAUGCCGAACAUCCCAAAACCGCCAUUAGAGCAGCACUCAUUGCGCUCUGCAGCUGCGUCAGGCAGGUAGCUGCGGAAGUAGAUUAUUUAGGCAUAAAGCUGUUUGGCACAAUUAUAGACCAAAUAAAGCCGACUGUUGAUGGACUUCACACGAAUCUUACCCAUGCGACUGAACCCACGGAAUCCGGUAAUGCAAACCCCCCUGACGGCACCGCCCAAGCCGUUGACAAGGCGAUCGGAGAUGCGAAGAAUAUGGUUGGAACUACGAUGCAACAGAAAUUUGAGCAGGAAGUCAAAAAGCCAGUUGAGACAGCAAUCCAAGGUUUUGACGCCGCUGUUACCUUGUACGACACCAAAGCUAGGCAGCAAGUCAAGGAUGCGGCCAAGGGGGCAAUUGAAGAGGCGGCUAAAGUGAUUAGUGCAGAUGGUGGAAGUGACAUUGACUUGGGGAGUAAGAUGAAGAACUUCCACGAUGCGCACAAGGAGAUCACAACAAACCUCAAACCGAAACUUGAAAAAUUACUCAAUGACCACAUUGGGAAGGAUGAAAUUCCGUUUGUAGGUAAAGCAGAUAGAGUAAAACUUUCGAAGAAUCUUGAGAAAUACCUCAAACACAUAUCUGUUGGCGUCCUGACCAAGCACCCGCAUGGGCCACUCGCAGAGGCGAUCGACAAAAUUGGUGGUGAGGGUAUGAAGGAGCUGGGUGUCAUUCAUCCAAGACACAUUGGCAAUGAUAAAAUAGAUGAACAAACUUUCGAAAAUCCGUUCAAAGCGAUUCAGUUGCAGCUUGAGGAUAUCACGAAACUGGUUAGUAACACAAGGGCAUACAUGACUGGCGAGCCAGCUUCAUACAAAAAUGGCAUCAAAAAUUAUCUCGAACAGCUAAAAAAUGCGCUCGGUGAUGGAAAGUUGGCUGGUGCUGACAAAGGCGUUGAUUCAAUCACAAAGGCGAUUGAGACACUGCAAAAACAAAAGUUUGACCCCAAUUCAAAAAAAAUUGAAGAAGCCGUCAAAGCAAUUAAGGCAAAGGUUGAAGAGCUUAGAAAGAAGUUGCUGAAUGAUAAUGACCCAAGAGGCGUUAUUGACGAUUUAAAAGAUUUGAAGGGGAAGGGUCUAGCGGGGGGAACAUGGGAGGGCAAAGACGGUCUUGGGAAAAUCGAGACUGAACUUCACGAGCAGAAUAAGAAGUUAUCGGACGAAACGAAAAUAAUUGGAGAAGCCAUACACGAAAUUAAGUGGGAACGUGUAAAACUCGGAUUCAAAUUGAGCCACCCACUUAUUCCCGAUGACAUUCUGGAACAGUUGGAAAUAUUAGCGAAUAUGAUUGGCCAAAGUAAGUAUAAACAUGAUGGAACUCUUCAACGAAUUCAUGAUGUGAUAAGUGAGCUGUGGGCACAGCAAUUCAGUAAGAACCCCAAUAAAAUCGGGCGGGCCACAAAAGCAAUUACAGGACGACUUAAGAAGCUUCUUGCUGUUUUGGAAGGUGACGCAGAUAAAGACGUCAUAAAAACGAUUAAAGAUUUGAGAGAUGUUGGUUUAAGUAAAAAUCUGUGGGAAAAACAUGGAAGCGAGAAAGGCCUUCAGCAAAUCGAGAAUGACCUUCAACGUCAACAGAAAUCCUUGACCGGCCAAGCCAAACAAAUAGAUGCAGGCGUCAAACUUAUAACCACAGUGCUAGACGAGCUGAGAACCGCGUUGCAGGGUAGUAGCGGAAAUCCUAAAAUUGACGUGAUACGCUGGUUGAGAGAGUUGUUAACGAAGGGGCUUAAUGGCACUGAGUGGGAUACUGGUAAAGGUAAAAAAAUCGCCAGUCUGGGUCAAAUUAAAAAGGACCUUCGUGGGCAAAAUGAUAAGUUGGCUGCGGCAACCAAAAAAAUUGAAGACGCAACAAAUACGGUCAUGAGCGAAACACAGGAUAUGCUUAGAAAGGCAAGCCAGAAGUUAAGUGGUGAUCUCAUUAGUGAUACCAUCGUGAAGAAUCUACAGUUGUUAGAAAAGAUGAUUGGCCGUGGUCAGAAUGGCGAUAGUGAGAGUCUUCAAGCGAUUCAAAAAGUGAUCAGUGGGCUGCAAGCACAGCAGUUCGAUGUGAGAUCCAAAGCAAUUGAAGAAGCCAAGCAUAAAGUUGAACAUGAACUCACAAGGCUUGAAGGUGAACUGGUGACUCACGUUGCCGAUCCGUUGAAACAUUUAAUACAACAGGGGUUCGGUAACGGUGAUCAAUGGAAUGGCAACGCCAAGGGCUUCGACAAUAUCAAUCAUCAUCUCCAACGUCAACAAGAAACGUUGUCACAACAACCCAAAGACAUACAGGGUGGUGUCACCAUAAUAACUACUGAGCUUGACGAGCUCAGAACUGUGUUGCAGGGUACUGCCAACGACAAGCCCGAAAAUAAAGGCGUGAUCAAGAACUUGGAAUUCAUGGCAAAGCACAUUGGUGAAGGUGAUAAUGAAGGCCUUAAAAAACUCAAAAGUGACAUGGAGUCCCUCAAGAAGAACCAGGGCCAAGACAUCACUAACAAUUUAGAUCAGCUCUCCAGAGAUAUUCAACACGCUGCUGCAUACGCCGAUUGGCACGUAACUCAUCUGGAGAAUCCGCACAUCAAUGGGAAACUCAAAGGCAUACAAGAUGGUCUCGACAACCUCCGACUCACCGACCUUGCCGAUGCCAUCAGGUUGUGCGACAACUUCCUCAACGAUGCCGACGAGAUAGAGAGGAACACCGUUCAAGCCCUUUGGAAGCACGUCGACGAUGAGGUGGAGGAUGCCAUCAAGGACCUCACCAAGGAAGCCCGUGGGCUGUACGUGGACUCGGUGAGGGAGGCGCUGGCAUUGUUUGCCAAGAAGGUAAACGAGGAUUUGGAGCAGCUGCCUAAUGAGAUAAACAAGGAUAUGUACGUGGGUUAUAAAGGGUUCAUGAAGUACUUGCAAGGACCGCUGAGCUCCGAUCUAACAGGUCACGAACAGAGCGUUGCAGAGUUAUCAUCCGCAUUUCGAGAAGUGUUCGAGCAAAUAGAGAAGAUUACCAGGCUCCACGACGAGCAGAACAAAGAGAAGAAUCCCUCAUUGCCACCAACCGAAGAUCCCUACACGCCUAAGCUCAAAGAUGUUUAUGACGCGUUGACUGCGCUGCUCGCCUACCUUAGAGACAAUGAUGACGGUGCCGACAAACUCACCGAGCUGGUUGAGAGGCUGACCAAGGCGCUGGGUGAUUUCGUACCCUCCGACUUCAAGCACCCGUGCACUCCGCUGCUGGACACUGUCGCUCGCGGUCUCACUAAAUUCGCCGGUGAGUUUGGUAAUUGUUACAUCUCCGCCUACUCCGGUCAGCGGUGCAGGGAGGAGCGCGCACACAAGUACGCCAAGGUGUUACUCAGCCUGAUACCCAUGACGCACAAUGCGCUUAACAAGUUGAUGAUGAAAUGUGAAGGUGAGUGGAAAUAUCUUCACAUUAGUAAGUUGACUGCUGAUUACAGGGAUAACCCACUUGGCUACUACCUCACCAGGUGCGGGUACAGGGUUUCUAGUGGCGAUAGUGGGCAGGACGGCGAGUUGAACAACAUGUUCACUGGCGGUGCGAUUUACGAGUUACUUACCACCCGUAUUGAGGGUGUGUCCAUCGAGAUGAUGAUUGACGGUGACCCAAUCAAAAAUGGAAUUAGUAUUGUCACCAUCAUAUCGCUGCUCUACAACGUGUUAUGCCACUACUUCCAAGCCUGCCACAUCACUGUUCCUCCUGAGCCACGAUAUCCGUGUACUGUCAGGGACAUGCUGUCGUGGCUCUCCGGGCUGCAGUACACAGCGGUGGUGGACAAGCUGCCUGAGCACUGCAAGGCUCUGCUCAACCGCCGAUGCCACGAUGGCGACACUCCCAACAGAGAGGAUCCUGUCAUGGCCAAGUGCAUUGAUGAGCUACCAUAUACCAUCGCAUCAACGUGCUCAUAUUCCACUGCCCUGCUCACCGCCAUUCAGGGCAACGUCCACGGCUUCGACCUCGCCGCCUACCCGUAUUCAGUGGACUUCUCCAACAACCGCGCCAGGCUCCACUACCCCUCUGACCCUGUCGAACUGCUUGAUAUAGUACGUGAGAUAGUAUGCCGCCUGUGUAAAGUGCUCUACUUCCUGUACUCCCAGUGCUGCCGCAGCACCGCCCGGGUCAGGGGGUGGCGGGAGUGCGCGUACGGCCGGCAAGUGCAGUCACACAACUGGAAGUGUAAACAAUUCACUACUUACUUUAGUAUCAGUACUACUACUGCUGCAACUACUACAACUACCACUUCCUCCACCACCACCAUUCACGGCUGCCCGCCUACCUCGCCGCUGCAGUCGUUCCUCUCCGACAGCUGCCACGGACUCCUGCCGCAUACCCUCACCACCGCUGACGGGACCAUCGAGUGUGCCAACUGCGCCGCCAACCAACCAGGUCAGCAGUGCCUCACUCCGCUCGGCUUCUGGGACCUGGGCUUUGCUGCUUCAAUAACUGGCACCGGCUGGGAUCUCACCAAGCGCCUCGGAGAUAUGUGCCGUGACGCCGACUCAUGCCUGUUCGUGCUUUACCGAUCGCUGUUCUUGCUGUGCCCCGCUGCACCCUCAUCACUCGCCGCCGUGUUUGCAUUGUAUGCUCAGCUGUUACGGAAGUGGGACCCUCAUGACCGUGUUAGGCACCGUGGUGGCACAUACAGUGACGCCUCCGACUUCAUCUCUCACCUCAACACCGACGGCAUUGACAGCCUAUUCCCACUGUGGACAGAGCUCCACGGCAGCUACCAGAAUGAGAAUCUUACAACUGCCAUCUCAUCACUCGCCGGGCAUGACCACAAAAGCCACGAUACGCUGUCGAGCCUCUUCAACGACACCACUUGCUCAUCGUCAAGUGGCUGCGCUCCCUACCUCCAACCCCUAGGACUCCAUGCCCACCACACCUACCCGCAGAAGCACGCCGGGCUAUACAUCACGUGGAUAAUGUACCUGGCAUGGCAGUUCUGGGAGUUGCUAUGUGAACUACUGCACGCACUGGACAACAUCGACUGCACGGCGUCCGGGUGCGCCACAUGCCCAUGCCAACCUGGCACCCACGGUGGAAAGGGCACCUGCCACUGCCCGUCCAUCGUCCAGUGCGCCGGACCUCUGCCCACACUCUACCGUUACGGAUUCACGUAUCGUAACGCAAAUCUCCUGGUCAAUGGCAACCGUGUCAUGCGCUGCGGUGACCUCAACAUACAAGGCAAAAAAGCGCUGCACUCCGACCACUUCACCGAAUUGUUCCGGCAAAUCGAUCAACUUAUGUGGCACAUCCGGAUGCCGUUCCUCUACUUCCUUAUCGCACUGUGGUCCCUAGUGGCGCUGUACAUACUCCACACUUUCCUCUACCGCAUGGAGAUCUUACGCAUCCUCUCCCAUCUAUUGACCACUAAGGCCUCUCACCUCGACGCCAAGGCGCUGCUCAUUUCGAGCAGGAAAAUGCUAUCACUCUACGACGCCAGUUACUUCUACGACGACCCUAUCGGUCAACUUGUUAUUCAAUGA